AUUUAGUAACAAAUCUAGCACGUCUACCAAACAGUCGAAAUGUUACCGGCGUGUGAUGUGCUGCUAUGUUUCUUGUUCUUGAUGACAGCAUAUGGAAAUACACUUACUAUUGGUUCUACAGUUAAUAGUACUCUCUUAGAUUCUGAAAUAUUUAAAGGACUAACUAUCAAUUCGUCAUGUGCGACUGCUUAUCAAUGUAAAGGAAAACUGGUUUGUACCGAUGGACAAUGCAAAUGCAGCGACAAUUACAUCUGGAAUGGCACAAGCUGUAUUGAAGAAAAGACUUUUUAUUCUAAAUGUAAGCUUACUGCAGAAUGUGAUGCUACAUUGUUUUGUAUCUAUGGUACCUGUCAAUGUGCACAGAUGUUCUACUGGAAUGGAAAUGUAUGUGUAUCUGAAAAGACAGUAAACGACACUUGCACAAAUUCAAAGGAAUGUGGAGGAAAACUUCUAUGUGAGGAUGGAGUAUGUCAAUGUCUUGUCGAUUUAUUUUGGAAUGGAAACAUAUGCAUAUUCAAAAAUUUCGAUGGACACUCUUGUGAAUCUUCUGUUGAAUGUGCAGAAAACUUGGAAUGUAGGGAAUCUAUUUGUCAGUGUUCGGAGUCUGAGUACUGGGAUAUCUCUAAAUGUUAUACAAAAAAAUCUAUAAAUGAUAAAUGUAUGGAAGAAAAGGAAUGCAGCGAAACCUUACACUGCGAUAUAAAUGUAUGUCAGUGUGCUAAUUCAAACUACUGGACAGGAUCUACGUGUUCAAUAAAAAAAGAUGAAAAUAGCUUUUGUAAUGCAUCAAUUGAGUGUAAAGCAACACUACAAUGCAGGCAUAAUCACUGUAUUUGCUGCGAUCAAGAUUACUGGAAUGGUCAGGUUUGUGAAGGAAAAAGAAAUACGUCUCAUCAAUGCCAAGACUCUGUCGAAUGUCAAGACUCACUACAUUGUAUUAGAGGGGUUUGCCAAGAUAUUUGUGCUGUUGAACAUUGUAUGAAUGGUGGAAAAUGUCAGAUAUCCGGAAAUAGACACUUAUGCAAAUGUGGUAACGGCUAUCUUGGUGACAAAUGUCAGUAUGCAGAAGGCAGAGGGAAGGAUUUUAUUGUGAUAUUUCACGAAGCACAUGGCAGACCAUCGCCACGAAUAUUACCAGCAAUUUACAGAAAGAGCGAAAUAAAUAUUUUUUAUUUUGCAAAUAAUAAAAAUGUUUCAGUAACUUUAAAUUCAGCCGAUAAUACUUAUACCCUUGAUUCUAAUGUAUUGAUGACAAAUGGUUUACACCAGGCAGGAGCAGAAAUACACUCUACUGUCCCGAUUAUCCUUUAUGGAUUUUUAUUCCUCCGUCGAUAUCAUUCUGAAGGAUUCCUUGUUAUUCCCACUCGAUAUGUUUCAACAGAUUACGUCAUUCCCUCGUUCACUCCAUAUGACAGCAAUGGAGCGAGUUUAUUUUCCCUUACUUCUGUUUAUUCAAAUACAUUAAUAGAAAUAAAUUUUACGAUUAAAGAUGGAUCAGUUUCAUACGAGAAUAUACAAUAUUCUAACAAUCAGACUUUAACAUUGGUACUCAAUAAGUAUACAGCAUUUCAAGUUAUGCACUCAUCAGACCUAACAGGAACAAGAAUAUUUGCAUCGAAGCCAGUUGCUGUCGUCAGUGGAAAUAGAUGCAACUAUAUCAAUGCCAAAGCAGACUGUCAGCCAUUCAUCGAAAUGGUGUUACCUACAAAUCAGCUGGAUAAUGUGUACGUCAUUCCAUAUAUACAUUAUCGACCUGAAAACACAGUUCGCGUGCUUGCUGUAAAUGAUACAAAUAUAGCAUUGAAGAGUGGUAACAAUCGCACUAGAAACGUACUAAAAUCAAGAGACUUUAUGGAUUAUUUCCAUACAACCAUCUCUUAUAUUUCAUCUGAAAGCGAUGUGAUGGUACAUAUUUACCCGCAUGAGCUAUCACAAAAACAUGGAGAUGCCUUCAUGAUGACGAUUCCCGGUAUUAACCAGUACCUGUAUGAUUAUGAUUUCAUUGUUCCACCAGAUUUUGAAAGUUUCAUCAGUAUUACAGUACCGACAGAGGCAGUCGAUGGAUUUGUACUUGACGGUAGUUUCGUGAAUUUGAAAAACAUUUUCAGUAUUUCUGGGGAAGAAUAUCACUACAGUAGUUUCAGCAUUCCAAUAUCUAAUGGAUCACAUCACAUCACACACAGAGAAAAGACACGCUUUGGGUUGUGGAUUUACGGGAAUUUCACUGACUACGAAUCGUAUGGAUAUUCAGCCGGAAUGGCUUUUAAAACUUAGCAACUCCCGAUGUUAACUAACAUUUGGCUAAACACUUUGGUUUUGCAUUGAUUUUAAUCUACAGCAGUGGGAUAUACUAAUUAAUGUUGUUAUAGUAACAAAAAUAUGAAGAUAGUUAAAUUACCACUACUUGUCAACUGUAAUAAAGUGAGAUGUUACCCCGUUCUAAAUACAAAUAAUGACUGUACAUGUAUGCAUUGCAGUAUAUUAGAACUUUCCGUUUUC